CCUGCUGAUUUCGUUGCAGUCUUCCAGACGAGCACUGCUGUCUACUUUUUACUUCGUGAGACUUCAAAUGUUCACUGUAGUGCUGGUGCAGUAAACCGCGAUCCAUUUUGGGACUUACAUUCUUCUAUUAUCAACCCAAAUUCUGGUGGUGGCCGUUUACCUCGAUCAUCUGUAACGAGGAGGCAGAGACUUGAGCAUGAGGGCUUGUCGCUUUCACCACACAAUACGACUAAUUCUUCAUUGUCAAAUAUAAGCUAUUCGACACCAAAUAGUAAAAACUGGAAGUCCUUCUUUCCGCGUCCAGAGCACCAAGAGGAGUUAUCAAGUCGAAUUAAGCGAAGCGUUCGGCGUAAAAUCAGGACACGGGUAGUAGGUAGCGUAGGGCAGACAAAAUUUGAUUCUUAUUCCAAGGAACAUGACUACAAGAACGAGGACGAAGCUAGGAGGGAGUUUAGGGAGGAGAAGAGGCAGGAGGGCACGCGGAGACAGGGGAAGAGCAAACUGUACCCUGGACCCUUACAUGACGGAGCUGAUUUUGUGCAGGCAAGAGCUUUACCCCAGCAGCGUGCAGUCGCAAGACUGGUGCGCAUCUGCAAAAAUGACCCCGGUGGUCCAUCAUAUCUAAAGGCAGAUGAAUUUGCUACAAUCGCUACGGCUGAGCUUGAGUGCAGUCUAUCCGGCGAGCUGCCAGUUUCGCAGCAGAAUGGAAGUUAUAGCCACCGUUCGAGACGUCGAGGGGCAGGUAGUCGCUCUGGUGGCUACGCUUACCCAAUUGUAGUGGCGGCAGUGUGGGAUUCCUUAAAACAGCGACUAUAUGCCAGCUUUUUCUCAGAGGAGUAA